UUCCGCGUGGCUGUAGCCUCGCCUCAGGGCGCCGAGCCGCUGCCUCCCCCCCGCCGCCGCGGGCUAUGGCGCUGCCGCUGCCCCUGCCCGAGGCCGUCGCCUUGCUGGCAGCCUUCCUCCUCCUCCUCCUCCUCCUGAUUUGUGUGAUUGCUCAUGUAACUGCCAUAAAAAUGCCAGCCCUUCACCGAUACGAAGAAGAAAAAUUCUUCAUAAAUUCUGAAGGCAGGAAAGAAUCUGUACCAAGUAUACACGAUCCCCCCACAAAGGAACUCUCUGUUGUUGUGCCUUCAUACAAUGAGGAAGACCGGUUACCUCUUAUGAUGGAUGAAGCUAUGGAUUUUCUGGAAAAAAGACAGAAACAAGAUCCUUCAUUCACUUAUGAAGUAAUAGUGGUUGAUGAUGGAAGUAAAGAUCAAACCACAAAGGUUGCAAUGAAGUACUGCAAGAAAUAUGGAAGCGACAAAGUGCGAGUCCUUUCUUUAGUAAAAAAUCGAGGGAAAGGAGGAGCAGUCAGGAUGGGUGUCUUCAUUUCUCGAGGGAAAACAAUUCUUAUGGCUGAUGCAGAUGGAGCUACAAAAUUUGCAGAUAUUGAAAAAGUAGAAGAAGGUCUAAAAAAUCUUCAGCCGUGGCCUAACCAGAUGGCUAUUUCCUGUGGUUCUAGAGCUCAUCUGGAAAAGGACUCAAUAGCAAAGCGUUCUUACUUUCGAACUCUCCUUAUGUACGGGUUCCACUUCCUUGUAUGGUUUCUGUGUGUCAAAGAAAUCAGGGAUACACAGUGUGGAUUUAAACUCUUCACCAGAGAAGCUGCCUUGCGGACUUUCUCAACUCUCCACGUAGAACGCUGGGCAUUUGAUGUAGAACUUCUUUACAUAGCUCAGCACUUGAGAAUACCUAUAGCAGAAGUUGCUGUCAACUGGACUGAAAUUGAAGGUUCUAAGUUAGUUCCCUUUUGGAGCUGGCUGCAGAUGGGCAGGGAUCUUCUUUUUAUACGACUGCGAUAUAUGACUGGUGCCUGGCAGCUUGAAACAAGAAAAUGUAAUUAGGUUAUUUACAUUUUCCAAAUGUAUUAUUAUACUUAAUGGAACAUGAGAACAAUUUCAAUCAAGUUAAACGGUGAUGAAAGCUGAGGUAAUUCUUCAUUGCUCCUGCUGUAGGUUUCCUUUUUGCAGCAUGUACGUGUUCUGUAAGAUUGUCAACAGGGAAUUUCUGCAAUGUUCUGAAAAGAGAAAGCAUUUCCAAAAAAGAUUUUCUUAUCUGGUGGUCAGGUUUUUAUUUUAUUAAAUAGUAGUUUUUUUAACAUGUCUUAUCAACUCACUCACAGAGAUAUGUCUGCUUUUGUCUCAUCAUACAUUUGCAAUUUCUCCUAGUGAAAUUUAUACAGAUUAGAAAGAGUCAUUCUAUUCUACAAGGUGCAAUAUUGUGUUGUGAAUGACCACAACCACUUAUUUCUGUAGUAACUGGAAAUAUAUGGCCAUAUUGCAACUUGGAAUGAUCAAUCAUGGCUCGCUCUAAUGUGUAUUUAGAUUCAGUGUUAUGGGAAACAUUAAAUGAGUUUACUGAGUUGUAACAGUAAUGUUCGUUAAGGCUGUUCUAAGGACUUUCAGUAGUCUCUUGACAUUCCAAGUGUCGUUGUCUGAAGCUGAAAUAGUUUCUGAGAUCACACUGCAGAUCACCUCCAGACUGUAGGAGUUCCAAGAGAAAGCACACUUCAUUCUGAAAUGUUGUCUUUUAUAAAUGUUUUGUUCAUACACACUAAGACUGCAUGCUGAAGGCUAGGAGUCCUUGGCAUCUCCAAAUGUGUAGUGAAAAGGGUAUGGAAAAGUAAUGCAGAGCAUGCAAGAAUGAGACCCUAGGCACACUGGGGGCCUGUGCAUUGACAAUGCUAAUUUCAAAGUCUCAUACUUCAAAUGAGAUCAGAGAGGGAGAGAAAGAUCUCAAGUCUUAUUAGUAGUGCCAUACCUUAUCAUAGUACUCACCUUCAGUGCUUUCAGAACAGUUGUAGACUGCCAAAGAUGAAUACAAAUGUGAACAGAUUUAAAGAAUGAAGGGUAUAUGGUUGUAUUUUCACAUUUUUAACUGGUGAUUCUUAUGUCUUCUGCAAUGGUGUACUGCAAUAUUGAGUUUUGCUUCUGUUAGGGUUACCUCAGUUUUCUGUAAAUUGAAGUGCUGGAAUAAAUUCUCAAAAAUAUAGUUGUUUUUAUUUUGCAGA